UUGGUUGGCGUUUUCCGAAAAUACAGCGAAGGGAGGUCAGUAUCUGAGGGUGAUGGCUGGCAUUUGUUAAGAGUAUUGGCAGAUGAUGAAGAAUUAUUGUAUGAUCUGAAAACAAAACACAUAUUUUCAGCCAAUGCCUCCUUCCUUACCGAUGGUGCCUCAGCUUGUCUUAUCAUGACUGAAGACUUUGCCCUGGCUAACGGCUACAAACCUAUUGCCUAUUUGCGGCAGUAUCAGUAUGUUGCCCAAGAUCCAAAAGACCAGUUACUUUUAUCACCAGCUUAUGUGAUUCCUAAGCUGCUGGAUAAGGCUGGUCUUACAUUGAAAGAUGUCGAUGUUUUCGAAAUCCAUGAAGCUUUCGCUGGACAGGUGCUUGCUAACCUCAAUGCCCUCGAUUGCGACUACUUCUGUAAGGAGCAUAUGGGCCGCUCUGGUAAAUUCGGACGUCUACCCAUGGAGAAGAUCAACAAUUGGGGUGGAUCGCUUUCCAUUGGCCAUCCAUUUGGAGCCACAGGCGUACGGUUGGCCUCCCAUGCAGCUGGUAGACUGAAGGAAGAAAAAGGACAAUAUGCAGUGAUUGCCGCCUGUGCAGCAGGAGGACAUGGGAUAGGAAUGCUUGUUGAGGCCUAUAACAAGUAG